CUGUCUAUUACGAAGCAAUCACGGCAUCACAGACAUCCAAACAAGUCAUCAACAUGAGGUUUGUGUUAAUGAUGUUCCUGGCAAUAGAGAUUGUUGGAGGAGAAGGUAGAGACCCUGCCUGCGACGCCGAGCCGAUAGAGGGCAAUUGUGGUGAAGCUCUACUAAGGUAUUUCUACGACUCGACGAGAGAUAAUUGUAUGGGAUUCAUCUUCCGCGGUGGUGGCGACAGCCCUAACAACUUCAUGACUUUGGAAGAAUGCGAAAAAGCCUGCCUAUCGUAACAACAGCAUUGGAAAUGAAACGGAAAAGGAAGAGGAUUGACCAUUUUACGGAAUGAGAGAAGUGCAGUAUUAUGUUGUUACAUGGGAGACAAAAAUAAAUUUCUGA